UUGUCGGUCUGUAAUGACCCUUUCUUUACUGCACAACUACCUGUGUCUAUGAUGGAAUAAAACAAAGACGUUCAGGCUGUUUAUUUUUAUUUCAUUCUUCCAGACGUGAUACUUCAACACAGACACAAUCUGCGAAGACAGAUUAUGAAACUGAAUUUGUCCAAUCUGCGUUUAAUUUCUGAUAUCUACACUGACCCAAGGAUUACCGUGACACAAUAUGAGCAUGAUGGUUUAAUUGGAGAAAAUAAAAGACAGGUUCGUGAAGUAGAGAUCCAUGAAAUACUCAAAAGAAACAACAGCCAUCGUGAUGACACCAGCAUACAUGUCGUCGUUGGAGCUGCAGGAACUGGGAAAACAACAUUAAUACAGAAGAUAAUCUAUGACUGGGCCAUGGGAUUGAAAUAUGAGGAGUUCAGUUUUGUCUUUCAUUUCAAAAUUCAGAACUUAAAUGCAAUAAAAGGUAGAAUAACGUUAAGAACAUUGAUCCUUGAAACAUAUCCUUACCUGGAGAAUUAUCUCGAUUUUCUGUGGAAUGAACCCAAUAGCCUAUUAUUUAUAUUUGAUGAUUUGAACCGAUUGUAUCGGUCCUUUAUUUUUCCCUAUAAUGAAUGACACCUCGAUCCACAAUACAAAUGUUCAGGAACAGAGACGAUAUGUUUUGUGUCCGACAUCCUGCGCUGCCUUUUUGACGGAGACUUUCUGAGAGGUUGCUCGGUGCUGAUCACAACCCGGCAUUGGAACCAGGAGACUCUGCGUCAUGUAGCAAUAGAUUCGAAAUUCCAAGCAAUGGGAUUCGCUUCUGAGAAAGUAAAAGAAUACUUCCGCCGUCAUCUCCGCCAAGGGAAGUACACAAACGAAAUUAUACAACAGAUUGAGCAGAGUGAUAUCUUGCGGAACAUGUGCAGUAACCCUCUAUUUUGUGCCACCCUCGCCUCGUCACCGGAAUUUCACCAACCACAAAGAGAAGAACAGACAACAAUGCCCGUCAUAAACCAUACGCAGGUGUUGUUUGACUACGUCACAUUGCUUCUCCAAGAAUGUGGGUAUGACAGGAACACAGCUCACAAGUGUCUACGUGAAGUUGGCGAAUUGGCCUACAAAGGAAUUAAACGUAACAAACUUUCGUUUGAAGCCGACGCAUUAAAGGAACUAAAUACUUGUCCUGACAAUUUUACCACUGUAUUUAUGUUUCACGAUCCAGACAAACACAGUAGUGGAACGAUUUACGAAUUCAGACACUACGUUAUCCGAGACUUCCUCGCUGCCCUUACGCACGUCUUAAAUUCUCCAAUGUCUCAACUGAAACGGAUACUCGAUGAAAAGUUCAUGGACACUCAGGGCAAUUUCAGGACAUUUUUACUUUUUCUUGUCGGUCUGUCUUCGCGGAAAUCGACUAAUCGCCUGAAAUUGGAACUGGAUUCAGUCCGUUCUGACGUUACUUUGUGUAUCUCGGAAUGGCUAACAGAAAGUGUUAAUAGACGCCUGACGAACAUGUACGGGAAAUACACGCAAAUCAUGUUUUUACACACACUGUACUGUUUACUUGAAUUCGGAGACAAUAUAAUCAUGAAGAAAGUGCUGUCUCCUAUUGCGAAAAUUAAAUUAAAUCACCUUCUUCUCACAGUUGUGGACUGCGCAGUUUUAUCUAGAACUUUAAUCUAUUCUGAGGUGAUUGAAGAGUUGAAUCUCAGUUCAUGUCUUGCACAGCCAGGGGUACUUCAGAAACUGGAACCGGUGCUGUACAGAUGUCUAAUUCUGAGAUUGAAUCACAAUAACCUACAAGACUCUGGAGUGAAACGGCUCUUCAAUAUCCUGAAAAGAAGUGACUGCAAAAUACAAAUUUUGGAGCUGAAAUCCAACAAUCUUACAAAUGAGUGUCUGGACACACUUUUCUCCGCUCUUAGCACAAAUAAUUCACUAACGGAGCUGAACCUGAGCAAUUCCAGUCAGGAAAGAACACAGGCCAAUGAAUUCACUCGUGAAAAACUGCAAAAUCUUCUGGACAGUUGGCCUCUGCAUAAACAAAUCAGUACAUUGCUCCAGCUGGUCCACAUCACGCUACAAGCUCGGAUAGUCGUCCUCAUCCUCCACCUCGACAACAAUCUUGUUGAUGGCCACAAAUUCUCUCAUUCAGUUUACCGCUUUAUCAUCGAGAUCAAUGACAGAGAUUAA